CAGAGACACAUGCAGGCUGCUUCCCAUCUCCACCAGUGCGGGAUGUUGGCACGAGCUCGGGAGCCCCUCUCUUCUCCCCGCUGCCCUCAGACAUGUCGGUGCCCUGGCAGAUGGACGAGCUAUGUGGAGCUGACCCACCAGCAAGGAAGAGCGAGGGGCUGACAGGGGCUCACGUUAUUGGCCGCCUGGACACCUACCGGGCCUUGGAGCAGCGUGUCGUGGAGGGGAAGGCGCUGGCCCGCGAGCUGAUGUGUCUCACACGCCCGGCACUCGGGCUGCCCAACCACCCACUCCCGGGCAAGCAGGUCCCGGGGUGCGCUGGUGCAAGGCGCCUGUGGGGCAGUGCCAACACCCUGCACCGCGUGCUGGAGGAGUGCGCGUCUCUUCUCGCCGCUUUCUGGAGUGCCACGCUGCCCGCUGGCCCUGCCCAGCACCAGGGCAAGGAGCAGGCGCUGCAGGGCGAGAUCGCGGCACUGCGGGCCCAGCUCUCGGAGAGGGAGGAUGCCCUGCAGAGCACGGCGGAGCGCCUGCGCAGCACCGCCCGCCUCAAGGACAGCAUGGAGCAGUUCAUCGUGAGCCAGCUGACCAGGACUCACAACGUGCUGCGCAAGGCCAGGACAAACCUGGAGGUAAAGGCCCAGCAGGCCCUGCCCGUCGCGUGAGCCCUGUACGUCAGCCUUCUGGCCUCCGCACCCUGCACCGGAGGGCUGGACCGGACCCAGUCUGUACUACUGCCGAGGGGCUGGGGGAGGCAGGGCCGAGGGGGCCUGCGGCACUGUCCUAGGGCCGGGCCUGCUGCAGGCGCUGGACAAGUAGCGAGUUUGGGCUCCCGCACUGUGGCGCUUGCGUGCCCUCCGUCCAGCUUUGCUUGGUGUUGCAGCAGCAGCUGCUGGCUUGUGCUCUGCCUGCCCCCCCAACUUCAGUGCCCACCCCUUCCUCCAACCCUCCAAGGGGAACAGCGCUCUCUGCUGAGCCCUUCUCACCCUGGGACCUUGUCCUGUUUGUAACCUGGCCACACACCUGUCCCUGCUUGUGGAUGUACGUAUUUAUAUAUAUAUUAUAUAUAUAUGUACAUAUAGAUAUCAGAGCUGCAUUUUUGGGGGCUCCCUGGGCACAUCAGGGCCCCAGCGCGAGAGGAAGAUGUAAGAAAUGAUGCGUUCUGUUCAGCAGCUGAGAGUCCCCAAUAAAGGUUUCCUUUGGGUUAUGGUGUUUGUAGCACGCUGGUCUGUACAGCUGUGCCCCCCUCCGCCAGGGUACCCCAAGGGUGCAGGAGACCUCCACCUCACCCCCCCGCCGUAGGUACCAGCUGGC